AUGCUGUCCCAUACUCUAUAUACGUGCGCUGUUGCACUGCAAUUGUCCCUUGCGCUCGGCAACCCAACUUUCAGCAAGACAGACAUUGAUAUCCUGGCAGGACAGCAUGUCAUCUAUUCAUACAAUUAUACCGAUCCUAAACCACCACAAGAGUUGAUCGAUUUGACACGCGCUGGUCUUGUUGGCGGCGUUCUGCUCUAUGAUAUCCAUGUGAACGACAACACACCCGCUGCCAUGAAGCAGUUGCUGGAUGCCUAUGCGUCGUCCCCUGCUAGGCGCCUGCUCCAGAAGAUCACUGGGAAAAAGACGAAUUUCCUAGUCAUGACGAAUCAGGAGGGCGGUACUGUCUUCAACGGAGUACCCGGCCAUGCUCCUAAAGAGUCGGCCAAGCAGAUCGGCCAGUCUUCUCAUCCAAGCGAAGCUGGCAGGCAGGCCGGAUUUGGAGCUGCACAGAGCUUGAAGGAUUACAAUUUCAACGUCAACCUUGCGCCCGUGCUGGGCGUGUAUCGAGAGCCGGGCAACUUUUUGGACUACGGCGGCCGUUCAUACGGUAACACAUCGGACCGCGUAAUUCGUGCAGCAGUCCCAUUUAUCCAGGCACAACGGUCAAAGAAUAUCCUGGUCUCUAUCAAGCAUUUUCCCGGGUUGGGAGCGGCCAAAUACGAGCAAAACACAGAUCUUGCUCCAGUAACAUUGGAUGUCUCGCUGCAAGACCUCAAAAACAUUGACACUGCAACCUUUGCGGCGGCCAUCAAGUCCGGGGUCGACAUGGUUAUGCCAUCGUGGGCCAUCUAUCCUGCCGUGGACAAGGUACCUGCAGGGUUGAGUGAGAUUUGGAUGAAGAAGUGGCUCCGGGGCAAGUUUGGGUUUCGAGGUGUCACAAUUACCGAAGCAAUGGAAGCGGGUUCAAUUGUACCAUUUGGAGAUGUCAAGACGCGCGCCAAAAUAGCUUACAAGGCUGGCAAUGACCUCAUUCUGGCUAGUCAGCUCAAUGUUAGCGAGGGCGUGGAGAUUCGGCAGACAUUGGCUGCAGCAAUAAGAAGCCGUGAAAUCGAUUUGUCCGAUUUCAUGGAUUCGACAAGGCGUAUCGCGUCUCUGAAGAGUAGAACGUGGAACUAG